AUGCUCAGAGGGCCUUUCUCUGGAACGAUUCGUUACCAAGGUUCGUCUGCAGGAGCUGGUUUGUUACCAGAUGGUCCUCUGAAUGCAUCAGUUGGAGGAACAGUGACAUUCAGAACAAACCUUAAUCCAACAACAAUACCAUUUCAGCUUGUGACUUGGACUUUUAGUACUGACAAUGAUAUCAUAGUCUCAUUUCUUACUGUAAACAUUACUGAUCCAGAGUAUGAAGGCAGAAUAACUCUGUUUUUAUCUACUGGAUCUCUGGAGCUCAGGAACUUGAAACUCAGUGACAGUGGAGAUUACAGAGUUCAUGUUAUACCUGCUGAGGAUGCCGAGAAGUCUGGAGUCACCAGACUGCAGAUAUAUGAGCCAGUCUCCAAUGUCAAAGUUACCCCAGAAAGUGCAGACUUAGUUGAGCUGCACAGUUCUGUCCGUCUUUCCUGCUCUUCCUCUGGAUCUUCUCUCUUCUUCCUCUGGAUGAACAGCAGCUCUGAGGUCACAGUCAGUGACAGAGUCCAGAUCUCUGAUGACAGAUCCACUCUGACUAUCGUUGAUGUGACCCGCUAUGAUCAGGGACUGUAUAGCUGUCAUGUGUCCAAUCCUGUCAGCAAUGCCAGAAGUGAUCCAGUUCUCCUCUUCAUCAGUUAUGGCCCAGAAAACAUACAGUUGAAUGUCUCUCCAUCAAAAGAUCACUAUGAAGAAGGAGCAGACAUUCGUCUGACCUGUUCGGUUGAGUCUCGACCUUCUGCUGAUUAUCAGUGGUUUCUGGAUGGAAUGGUGCUGCCUGGAACUGGACCAGAGCUCAGACUGGUUAACAUUCACUCAAGUCAAAGUGGAAACUACAGCUGUCAGACCUUCAACAGCAAAACGUUACGAUACCAAACAUCUCAACCGUCAACUGUUUCUGUACUUGCAUUGGUCUCCAAUCUGAAAGUAACAGCACAAAGUUCAGACUUGGUUGAGUUCAACAGCUCAGCCCGUCUGUCCUGCUCCUCCSCUGGAUCUUUUCUAUCCUUCCUCUGGAUGAACAGCAGCUCUGAGGUUUCAGCCAGUGACAGAGUUCAGAUCACUGAUGGAGGAUCCAAGCUGACUAUAGUCAAUGUGACCAGAUAUGACCAGGGACCGUACAGCUGCCAUGCAUCAAAUCCAGUCAGUGAUGGCAGCAGUGAUCUAGUAAACAUCUUAAUAAACUAUGGUCCAGAAAACGUACAGUUGGAUACUUAUCCAUCAAAAGAGCAUUACGAGGAAGGAUCAGAUGUAUCCCUCACCUGUUCAGCUGAAUCCAAACCUACAGCUGAAUUUCUGUGGCUUCUGAACGGAGACCUGGUUGCAGAUUCUGGAUCAGAAUUCAAACUCAUCUAUGUUACAAGAAAUCAGACGGGAAACUACAGCUGUCAGGCCUUUAAUGAGAAAACACUGAGAUACCGAACAUCUCAAAUAUCAACUGUAUCUAUAAUAGACGUUGGAGAACCUGGAGGACCAUCAGGUGGCGCUAUUGCUGGAAUAAUAAUGACAUGUUUGAUAGUUACUUGUGGAGCUGCUGGAGGCUACUUUAUUUACAAAAGAAAAAAAAAUGUCAACAACGAACCCCACUCCAGCAAAACAGGAAUAUAUGCCAUGACUCGAAUAUCAGCAUUUUCCUUCAAGCAAAUCUUCAAAACAUAAAACUUCAUGACCAGAGGAAGGGAU